CGGUGCGCUGGGUGGGGAGAGAGUGAGAGUCACAAGUUCGCUUCGGUUGUAUACAAUGCGGACACGGAAGGGCACAGGGCUGUUUGUGAUGGCCGUGUCUCAGUGGAUGUUCUGUGCUGCAGUGCUGCUCCUCCUCAUCCAGGGGCUCCAGUGUUCUCCCGUUCCCCCUGCUUGUCCGGAGUCCUGCCUUUGUCAGAAAGGUCUGCUAAACUGUUCCUUCGCUGGCCUUUCCCAGGCCCAACAACAUGUUCCAUCCACUGUCACUGAACUAGAUCUUUCUCACAACCUCCUGAAGUCCGUUACCCCCUCAUGGCCAAGUUGGGGGCUUAAGAGUCUAUGGCUUGGACACAACAGCAUCACUCACCUGUCUCUGUGUGUGCGGAGGACCUGGAGGGGUAAACAUUGGAAAAUCCCCUUCUCACAUAGCCGAGGGAGAUGUGUGUCCUGGGCCCCAACUCUGCAGCUGCUCUCUGCUGAGCGGAACCAGCUAGAGAUGAUUCCUGAAGGCCUGGGAGGCAGUGAGUUCCUACAGGUGCUGCAGCUCUCCCACAACAGGAUCUCUGACCUACGACCUGGAGACCUGAGCAGGUGCCCCCUUCUGAGAGAGAUCCACCUGCAGCACAACCGCAUCUCCAGCCUCCACCCACAGGCCCUGAGGGACAUGCCAGAGCUCAGGGUCCUGGAUCUGAGCUUCAACCUGUUGACCACGAUCACUCCAUCAGCCUACCUGUCGCUGCGUAAACUGAAUGUCCUGGUGGAGGUGAGUGGGAACAGGUGGAGGUGUGACUGCAGCCUGCGGAGCUUGAGGAGGAAGAUGGCCUACGACAGGGACAGGGCCCUGCAGCAGACCUGGAGGGGGGUGGUGUGUUCAUCCCCCUCCACCCACGCAGGUAGAGACCUGCUACACCUGGAGGACAGUGACCUCACCUGCUCUACUGCUGAAAACAGGGCGGGGCUCCACCAGGAUGUGACAGUGGAUAAAGGGACAGAGAUCCUGCUGCCCUGUGGCUCUCCAAAGCAAGAUUCAACAUGGUGGACGCCCAAUGGACAAGUUCCUGGGAGCCAGGCAGGCCUGCUGAUCAGUGACAUCACAGAGCGAGACGCAGGACUGUACGUGUGCGUCUCUGGGACAGACGAGGAGUCUGUGUCUGUAUUCAACCUGCGCGUUCACAAGACACAGAGGAAAACCAGAGACACGAGGAGUUUACACAGGGAGCGGCUACAGAUUAACCCAGAGUUCGGCAGCAUCCAGGGGGAAGGUCAGGAGACAGACCUGAACUCUCUAGAUCUCCACAGGGCUACCCAGAGAACACAGUCUGACUUGGUCCUGGCUGUCUGCCUGUCUGUGUUCAUCACCUUCCUGGUAGCAUUUGUAAUUGGUGCUCUGACCAGACCUCUCCUGGACGCUCUCUGGAGGAGGUGCUGUAGCUGCUGUAACCAUACCACGCAAAGCGCCUCCCCACCACAAUCGGUCUCCUCUGCUGGGCAGGCCCCCUACGACAACAAGGCCUAUUCAGAUGAGGAUGAGCGAGAGGAACUAGGGACACACAGGGAGAGGAGAGUGACAUUUAGUGGACAUCCUUCAGAACUAAGGGAUCAGAAUAGCAUUCCAUACUAUGAUACUGUGGUCAAUGGCAUGCAGGACAACCUCGCUGGGGAAUAUGAUGCAACAUAUGAGAAUGUUCAGGAGAGGGGUGCCUCACACCCCUCCCUUGAGGUCUAUCACCCACCUGAGGAGGAGAAGCCUAGUGCACGGGGCUCUGUCAGCUCAGGAAGCUUCCGACAUGACAACCCAGAGACAGACACUCACAGUGGAGACCUCUCUGAUAUCUCUCUGAGUGAACCACAAAGGGGCGCUUACCCAGUCCAUACCCACGGCAUGGAGUUUGAAUCCAUCCCUGACCCAGAUGAGUUGCAGCGGUGUCGAAGCUCGUCUGUGUCUUCACACUCUGACCAGGAGAGUCCAGAUAGGGAUCAGGAUAUGGACUGGCCCAAAGACAAUUUGGCUCAGAGAUUGGAGGAGCGCAAGACCCGGAAUAAUUCCUGGGAGCCUCAAUCCCCCCAGAAGGAAGACAACUCCUUUGAGCGGAGUUCAGAUUUCCCUACAGUUAAACCAGUUGAUGUUCUACAGAUCAACAUUGGCAGAGUGGGUGAGAUCCCUGGAUUGGCUUAUAGGAAAUCAAACAUGGCAGAUCCCAACCCCAUGGAUCCUGAGCUGUGGAAUGACAGCGGAGAGAGCUUUGAGUUCCCUGAUUCCAUCCAAGGUGCAUCGGCACGGUCCAGUAGUCAAGAUCUUUCAGGUUCUGCUUUUGCCGAUCAGUUGAGAAAAGAGUAUGAACAAACGCUGAAUAAAGAAACACUUGUGAAAGACUGGAGGGAGAAUGAUAAGUCCAGCUCCAGCAACUCAAGUGACAGUGGGAAUGAACCUACAGAGUACACUGUGAACCCAGAGACGGAGGUAGUGAAGGAGAAGGAGAUUGUCCAGGAUGCACUGCUUACACAUGAUAGCACAACAGACCCUGCUGCAGCGAACACCUAUCUCAAAUAUGAUGUCAGUUUGGACAAGCAGCACUAUAAGGACCCAGUCAGUCCCUCUCCAGAUGAGGAUGGAUUUCAUGUGAGUGAACUGAGACAGGAAGUUCAACGCUCCCAUUUGUUUUCAGAGCACUCUGAUUUGUCCAGUGAUAGUAGUGAUGAACCCACAAAGUACACAGUGAACAAGGAUAGCGAUGAGGAAGAGGAGGAUGAAGCUCAAGUCCCAGCUGUCACACACAAAGGUCCAUCUCUCAGUCUUGGAGACAUUAAUGUAUCUUUGGCCUCAAGGAAAGCUCUCAAUAUUGGCUUCUCCAAGGAUGGUUUUCAAUAUCAACAAGAGCCUGAGACAAGGUCGACUGGCUUGGAUCUAACCACCCAGAGUGCCAUCAGCACAAAGGAGCCCCUUCCGCAACCUUCAUUGCCCUCAGACGUGGCAAGGGUUGAAGACCCACCAGUUUCAGUCUACAUCCCCAGACUCAGUAAGCGUUUAGAUAUUCAGCCUCAGGAAGCUUCACCUGCUCCCGCAAAAACACCACCACCCUCUGAAUCCUCUUCCAGCAGUGAGAGUGAAGAUGAGACUACAGAUAACUCAGUGAAACUUGACAGAGAGGUCCCAGAUGUCUCACAGAAGAAUUCAUCUCUCAGUCUUGGAGACAUUAAUGUCUCUUUGGCUCCAAGGAAAGCUCUCAAUAUCGACUUCUCCAAGCAAGGUUUUCAAUAUCAACCAGAGCCUGAAAAAAGGUUGACUGGCUUGGGUCUUUCUUUCCAGAGUGCCAUCACCCCAAAAGAGCCUUCAUUGCCCUCAGACGGGACAAGGGCUGGAGAGUCUCCAGCUCCAUUCUAUAUCCCCAGCCUCCGGAGACGUCUGGAUAUUCAGCCUUCUCAGGACACUCCACCUGCUCCACCACGAACACCACCACCCUCUGGUUCAUCCUCUUCUAGAAGUGAAAGUGAGGAUGAGACUACAAUGAAUCAAAAAAGAGAAGAGAAAGCUAAGGUCCCAGAUUCAUCUUUCAAUCCCGUAGACAUUGAUGUCUCUUUUGCUCCAAGGAAAGCUCUCAAUAUCAGCUUCUCCAAGGAGGGUUUUCAAUAUCAACAAGAGCCUGAGACAAGGUCACCUGGCUUGGAUCUCUCCUCUCAGAGUGAUAUCACCCCAAAGGAGCCACUUCCCCAAAAUCGAUUCCCAGAAGGGACAAGGACUAGAGAGACUCCACUAGAUAUGCACAGCCUCCGGAGACGUUUAGAUAUUCAGGCCACUCAGGAAACUCCACCUGCUGCCCCAGGGUCACGCCCACAUGCUGGUUCAUCCUCUUCAAACAGUGAAAGUGAGGAUGAGACGACAAUGAAUCAAAAAAGAGAAGAGAAAUCCAAGGUCCCAGAUUCAUCUUUCAUUCCCGCAGACAUUGAUGUCUCUUUUGCACCAAGGAAAUCUCUCAAUAUUGGCUUCUCCAAGGAGGGUUUUCAAUAUCAAUCAGAGCCAAGUUUGACUGGCAUGGGUCUAACCUCCCAGAUUGCCAUCAGUACAAAGGAGCCCCUUCCCAAAUCUUCAAUUCCCUCAGAUGGGACAAGGGAUGAAGAGUCUCUAGUUCCACUCUAUAUCCCCAGUUUUAAGAGACAUGUGGACAUUCAGCCUCCUCAGGAGACGCCACCUGCUGCCCCACAAACACCACCACCCUCUGGUUCAUCCUCUUCUGGAAGUGAGAGUAAGGAACUUGACAGAGAGGUCCCAGAUGUCACACACAAGGAUCCAUUUCUCAGUCUUGGAGACAUUAAUGUCUCUAUAGCCCCAAGGAAAGCUCUCAAUAUCAGCUUCUCCAAGGAGGGUUUUCAAUAUCAACAAGAGCCUGAGACAAGGUCGCCUGGCUUGGAUCUCUCCUCUCAGAGUGAUAUCACCCCAAAGGAGCCGCUUCCCCAACAUCGAUUCCCAGAAGGGACAAGGACUAGAGAGACUCCACUAGAUAUGCACAGCCUCCGGAGACGUUUAGAUAUUCAGGCCACUCAGGAAACUCCACCUGCUGCCCCAGGGUCACGCCCACAUGCUGGUUCAUCCUCUUCAAACAGUGAAAGUGAGGAUGAGACGACAAUUAAUCAAAAAAGGGAAGAGAAAUCUCAUGUCACAGAUUCAUCUUUCAUUCCCGCAGACAUUGAUGUCUCUUUUGCACCAAGGAAAGCGCUCAAUAUUGGCUUCUCCAAGGAGGGUUUUCAGUAUCAAUCAGAGCCAAGUUUGACUGGCAUGGGUCUAACCUCCCAGAUUGCCAUCAGUACAAAGGAGCCCCUUCCCAAAUCUUCAAUUCCCUCAGAUGGGACAAGGGAUGAAGAGUCUCUAGUUCCACUCUAUAUCCCCAGUUUUAAGAGACAUGUGGACAUUCAGCCUCCUCAGGAGACGCCACCUGCUGCCCCACAAACACCACCACCCUCUGGUUCAUCCUCUUCUGGAAGUGAGAGUAAGGAACUUGACAGAGAGGUCCCAGAUGUCACACACAAGGAUCCAUUUCUCAGUCUUGGAGACAUUAAUGUCUCUAUAGCCCCAAGGAAAGCUCUCAAUAUCAGCUUCUCCAAGGAGGGUUUUCAAUAUCAACAAGAGCCUGAGACAAGGUCGCCUGGCUUGGAUCUCUCCUCUCAGAGUGAUAUCACCCCAAAGGAGCCGCUUCCCCAACAUCGAUUCCCAGAAGGGACAAGGACUAGAGAGACUCCACUAGAUAUGCACAGCCUCCGGAGACGUUUAGAUAUUCAGGCCACUCAGGAAACUCCACCUGCUGCCCCAGGGUCACGCCCACAUGCUGGUUCAUCCUCUUCAAACAGUGAAAGUGAGGAUGAGACGACAAUUAAUCAAAAAAGGGAAGAGAAAUCUCAUGUCACAGAUUCAUCUUUCAUUCCCGCAGACAUUGAUGUCUCUUUUGCACCAAGGAAAGCGCUCAAUAUUGGCUUCUCCAAGGAGGGUUUUCAGUAUCAAUCAGAGCCAAGUUUGACUGGCAUGGGUCUAACCUCCCAGAUUGCCAUCAGUACAAAGGAGCCCCUUCCCAAAUCUUCAAUUCCCUCAGAUGGGACAAGGGAUGAAGAGUCUCUAGUUCCACUCUAUAUCCCUACUUUCAGGAGACAUGUGGACAUUCAGCCUCAUCAGGAAACUCCACCUGCUUCCCUACGAACAUCACAUAACUCUGAAUCACCCUCUUCCAGCAGUGAGAGUGAAGAUGAGACUACAAUGAACCAAAAAAGAGAAAAGGAGAAAGCUAAGGUCCCAUAUAAGUAUCCAUCUCUCAGUCCUAGAGACACACCCAUUAAUGUCUCUUUUGUUCCAAGGAAAGCUCUCAAUAUCGGCUUCUCCAAGGAGAGUUUUCAAAAUCAAUCAUCAGAGUCAAAGUAUGAGAGUAUAACCACCACAAAUGAUAGAGGUUUUCAGGAAGAUGCCAAGCCUGCUCCCAAAACAUCAAUAUUUUACUCCACCUCCUCAGACAGGGCGAGAACUGAGGAGCCACCAGUUCCACUCUACAUCCCUGGACUCCAGAGGCAUCAGAAUAUCCAGCCCUCUCAGGAUGCUAUACUUGCCGAAUCAUCCUCUGCUAGCAGUGAGAAUGGAGAUGAGCUUACAGAACACACAAAGAAACCAGGGAGAGACGUCACAGAUUUCUCGCUCAGUCCUGGGGACACGCCUAUUAAUGUCUCCUUUGCCCCAAGAAGAGCUCUCAAUAUCAGCCUUUACAACUCAGCUAGUACCACAGAUGAGGUGGAGAGGAAGACCGGAGCAGAGGACAGGUGGGAAAGGCCAGGGCUUGGUGGUCUGAAGGCACUGUCAGAGACACAAAGGUGGGACACAAAGGACAGUUCUACAAACAUGAAUGUUUCUUUCUCUCAAAGGAGUGCUCUCAAUAUCAACUCAGACAGCAGCACAGAUGAGGUGGGCAGGAGAGCCAGAGCACACUACAGCAGUCCCAUACUAGAGCGUACCAUUAGCAGAAAGGACAGAGGCUUUAAGGAAGAAACCAAUCCCUCUCCCAAACUGUCUUUGCCAAAAACAUCACCCUUUUUCUCCACUUCCACUGAUGAGGCGAGGCCUAUAGAGUCUCCACUCCAAAUCCCCCGCCAUAGGAGGCGUCUAGUUGUAGACAUUCAGCCCCACCUGGCUCCACCUGCUGCCCCAGGAACACCACCACCUUUCCCAGAGGGAGAAGAGGCAGCUGGUUCUGGAUGGAGGAGCAGGGGACAACAGAGGUGGAGAGCCAUAGAUGGAUUUGGCCGUACUUCCAAGACACAGGGAGAUGAGGGAGAGAAGAACUAUAUGGGGUUAUUGGCUGCUAAACCAUUCGGCACAGCUCGUCAGUAUCAGAGCGUUACCCCAGAAACCAUUAUGGCCACACAGCAUAGUGAGAUCUCUGAGAGGGAUGGUUCUGACCUGACCUUCUCCACUGUAAGACACAGUGAGGCUUAAGACCAACUGUAUUUGUUUGUGCUGAUUUAAGAAAAGUUGCACUUAAUAUUGAGAAAAACGCAGCUAAUGACAAAGAGAUUAGAAGUUGGAUUUGAUAUUUUAUUAUAGAAUUAUACUGUUCUUACAUUGUUGUAAAAUAUGAGUAAUUUGUGCUGGAAAACCAGACAUGUUUAUCGUAAUGAAAAUAGAUGUUUAUAUGACUUUGAAUGAUAUAAUAAAGGUGGGAGCAUUAAACACUGUUUGAAUUUCCCAGA